AAACCCGCGGCAUCUCGCGGGCAUCUGCGAGCAAACGGCGGCGCGCGAGACUGACGCGGUGCAGGCGGCGGACGUGACCUGUGCGCGGCGGAAGUGCCGUACCUUGCCCCGCAGCGAGCGUGUGAGCGCCGCUCAGGUCUUUGGACGCGAAAUGGUCAACCAAGUUAUUGGCAGACUUUGUUACGGAAACAAGAUGAUUCUGGCCCCCAUGGUGCGUGUGGGCACUUUACCAAUGAGACUGCUGGCACUCGAGUACGGAGCAGAUAUUGUCUACUGCGAGGAAUUAAUUGAUUUAAAAAUGAUGCAGUGUAGGCGAGUUGUCAAUGAGGCCCUGGACACAAUAGAUUAUGUUGCAACUGACGACCGAGUUGUUUUUCGGACCUGUGAAAGAGAAAAGAAUCAUGUUGUUUUCCAAAUGGGUACAGCAGAUGCACAGAGAGCAUUGACGGUCGCACAGCUUGUGGAAAAUGAUGUGGCUGGUAUUGAUGUAAAUAUGGGCUGUCCUAAAGAAUAUUCAACCAAGGGUGGCAUGGGAGUAGCAUUGUUAACCAACCCUGACAAAAUUGAGACGAUCCUUUCCACUCUCGUUAAAGGAAUCUCAAAGCCAGUGACAUGCAAGAUUCGUAUUUUGCCAUCUCUGGAAGACACCAUUAACCUGGUAAAACGUAUCGAAAGAACAGGCGUUGCAGCCGUGGCUAUACACGGAAGAAGGAAGGAGGAAAGACCGCAGCAUCCUGUGCACUGUGACGUAAUUAAAGCGGUCUCUGAAGCUGUGUCAAUCCCUGUAAUAGCAAAUGGAGGAUCUCAGGAGAUUAUCAAAGAUUUUGCAGGCAUUGAAGAAUUCCGCUGGGCAACAAAUGCUUCUUCAGUGAUGAUAGCCCGGGCAGCGAUGUGGAAUCCGUCCAUCUUCAGGAAGGAAGGACUGUUACCAGCAGAAAAGGUGUUGAAGGAAUAUCUCACAUACGCAAUUAGAUAUGACAGCCAUUACUCAAACACUAAAUACUGUCUCUGCCAAAUGUUGAGAGAUAAAUUAGAAUCAGCUCAAGGAAAAAAGUUACACGCUGCACAAUCAAAUGAGGAGCUUUGUGAGGCUUUUGAAAUGAUCGACUUUUACAAAGAAGUUAUGGCUGACUUGGAGUCAAAAAGGGAUCGGCUGAAAUCAAGAGAUGAAGGGAAGUCGGAACAAAAUCCUGAAGAUAAAGAAUACACUGAUACCAUACAAAUGGCUGUCAGAUUCAACAAGCGUGAGUACCCUCCUCAAAUCACGCCCAAAAUGAUAUUGCUUGAAUGGUGUCGAAAACAAAAGCUUCCUCAACCAGUGUAUGAGACAGUACAGAGACCAUCAGACAGGUUAUUUAACUCAGUUGUGACAGUGGCAGACCAAAAGUACAGAUCCUCUUGUUGGGAUAAAACAAAGAAGGUAGUGGAGCAGUCAACAGCCAUCGUGUGCCUGCGAUCUCUCGGGGUUGCUGAGGGAAAAUUGUGUGAGGGGGAAAACCCCUUGAAAAACAAACGGAAAAGAGGUGAGGCAGGAGUCCCCAAUGGCACAGAAACGACAGAUGCUCCCUGUCCGGACGCCAAUAAAAGAAGCAGCCCCUCACUGAAGGAAGUAUAACAACUGACAUCACAGGAGUAAUGGAAUACGCUGGAAUUCUCUGAAGUGGAAUGGCAAUUCAAAAGUUGUUUUAUAUAUUCAUAAAAUGACUUUUAAGUUGUACAUAUAUUUAUAUACAUAUAUAAACGUGUGUGUGUGUGUAUAUAUAUAUAUAUAUCAUAUAAAUAUAUACACAUUUAAUCAGCCAGUACUCCUGCCUUGAUCUUUCUUGUGGUCAGUCUCCAUGAGCUCCACUGAUGCUGAAAUGUUGUUUUAAUAUGGUGGCCACAUGCCUCAAGAGCAACAGAGAACCUGGUGUGCCUGAGGAACUUUCUGCAAGGGCUAAAGUGUUUGUUUUCUUUCCUGUUUGAUUAUGCCUUACACAAAUAUCUGCAUAGUGUUUCCAAACCACUAACUGUGCCAGAGUGUACAAUUUAAUAUGGCACCAGUUCUGCACAACCCCAUCAGCUCUCCGGCUUCACUUACAACCUGGAAGCAUUUAUUUAACAUUUAAUUUUACUAUUCGCUGCAUUAUCAAUAGUAGACUUCAUCAAUUUAUCCCCUUUCUUCCAUGUGUUUUCUUUAUAUCUAUUUCAGUUGACUUCUCUGUAUCUUUCUGUGUAAAUAAAAAGUGAAUGUACCAAGAAACUAUAAAAUCAAACCCAAUCCUUUGAAUGCCUAGCAGCUCUGUAUUCGUAACAUUUCGGUUGAAGGUGAAGCAUAUCAAAUAUAAUCAGGUACUUUUUGUUUUAAUUGGCUUUUCAAAUUCUGAUCCGCUUCUCUUCACUUUUUAUAACUACUUUGUCUCCUAUGUUUCUGUUUGUUUGUGCUCUCUCUCUCUCUCUCUCACUCACUCUCUGUGACACACUCAUGUCCCCCGUUGUUACUUCUUGUUUAAUUUAGAGAUACAAUAUGGAGACAAACCCCUUUGGAUCACCGAGUCCACACUGACCAUCCAUCACCCAUUCAUACCAGUUCUAUAUUUUCUCGUCUGCUCCCUAGAAACUAGGGGCAAUUUUACAGAGGACAAUUACUCUACAAAUCCACACAUCUUUGAGACGUGGGAGGGAAACCCGGAGGAAACCCGCACAGUCACAGGGAGAACAUGCAAAUUCCACACACAGAGCAUCCUCUGGGAUCAGGAUCGAAGCUGGGUUUCUAGUGUUGUGAGGCAACACCUCUACCAGCUAUGUCACUGUGACACCCCCGUUUGUUUUCCUCACAUCCCCUCUUGCUUUUUUUUUUACUCUGUCAAUGCUUUGUUCUCUCUUCCCCCCUAUGCUGCUUCCUCUUUUGAUAAACCUAAUGAGAGCGGUUUCAAACCCAAUACCUGGAUGUUACCUUGUAUGAUCAAUGUAAUGUUCACAUAAACUAAAUCGAUGCCAAUAACGUUUAGAACUUAAACCAUUCAGGAGUUUCUUGAGUGAAAUCCCAUUGCUUGUUUUGUGGUCUGGGCCACCUUCAAGCUGUUUCAUUCUGGCCUCUGACCUGCUUCAAGAAUGUUUUUGUGUGGAGCCCAAUCUAGUUUAAUGCUAAACACAACAAUGUUUUUGUACACCAAUAAUAAGGGCAAUCCCCAGCAUCAUCUCCCAACUGAGUCGAGGAGAGGAUCAUAAAUGGCAAUGGCUAAAAGGAGCUCUCCACGGAAGAGGAAGAGCCUGCAAACUGCAUAAGAUCCUCUCCAAUUUACUGACCCCAAUCGUUAACAUCAAUAUAGGGAUAUAUAUUUGCAGAGGCACGCGUGUAUCUCUGGAAACCACUUAUCAAAAGCAUUUGUUGCAGAGGACAUGGGGAUAAACGUUGCAAAUCUGCAGCUUUCUAGAUGGAAAAAAAACCCCAAGAGAGUCACUAUUGGGGACACAAGCAAACGCCAAAAGAGCUGACAUUCACAAAGUAAUGGUAAGAGUCACGAUGUUAGAGUCAUGCAGCACGGAAACAGGCCCUUUGGCCCUACAUGCCUAUGCCUAACCUAGAUGCCCCAUCUAAGCUACUCUGUUUGCCCCAUAUCCCUCUAAACUUUCCUAUCAAUGUACCUGUCCAUAGACACAAAAAGCUAGAGUAAUUCAUCGGGUCAGGCAGCAUCUCUGAAGAGACCCUUCUUCAGACUGAUAUACACCUGACUGUCCAAGUGUCCUUUAAAUACUGUUAAAGUACCCGGCUCAACUCAUUCCAUGUACCCACUACCCCUUGAGUAAAACCAUUGUCCCACAGAUUCCUAUUAAAUCUUUCCCCUCUCACCAUAAACCCACGUCCUCUGGUUCUUGAUUCCCCUCCCUUGGGUAAAAGACUCUGCAUUCUCCCUAUUUAUUCCCCUCUAUAAGAUCACCCCACCCCCACCCCACCCAAGUCCUUGCCUACCCAACCUCUCCCUGCAGCUAAGCCCUUCAAGCCCUGACAACACCCUUGCACAUGUUCACUGCACUCUUUCCAGCUUAAUGGCAUAUUCGAAAGGGGAAUAAUAUUCUCAGCAAAAUUCCAUUAAUUAUUUAACUAUAGAAGUAAAUUGGCAGUGGCUGAGAAAAGUGGCAAAUUAUUUGCAGUGGAAAUUUAUUGAAGACUUUCUGUGUUACACAAGACUAUUCCCAGCAUCUCAACUCUUUCGUGCACUCCUAGUCUGAAGUGACGAGUGGGGUUUGGCUUGGGGAAAUACAUGGUCUCUUUCCUUCCCCACCAUUUUACAUUAUGUUUCCCACAUCUUGCAACAUUGUGAGCAAAUGAUAAAUGAAGGGAUAAUUAGUUUGCUUACUACGUUAACGGACUUCCUGUUUGGCUUAUAAUUAGCUGUUUAAUUGGGGCAAGAUAUAUUGUAAAUGCGUAGUAUGCAUUGUGCAAGUCCACCACAAAGUCUUCCAAGCCAAGCAAGCUUCACGGUAUUACACAAUGCUCCCAGAAAUUCCACCUCCAUCUCGUUCCUGUUGAUGUAAUUGCCUUUUCAUGAAUCUCACAAGCUUGGGCUGUGCAAUGAAUUAUGUUUUGAAAUGAAUGCACCUACUUAAAGAUGUAGUUCCAAACUUCACAGAUCUUCAGAUUUUCUUCUUUGUUUUUUCAGUAUCACGCGUGCAAAAUUGCAGCCUGUUUACAAAACCUGUUGGUGAGACUGUGUUUGUAAUCUAUAUAUUAUUCUAGACACCCAUAUUGUGGUUGUCAGCAUUGUUUAUUUUUGCAUAUUGCAUUACAAAAUCCACUUGGAUUUUAGAAGUGAAUGUUCACCAAAACAUAAGGAAGAAUGUGCUGGCCUCAUUAAAUUAGUUCAAGUUUC